GUCAUUAUGAUUCGCUUUAUAUUGAUUCAAAACCGUGCUGGAAAAACUCGCUUGGCCAAAUGGUAUAUGAAUUUUGAUGAUGAUGAGAAGCAAAAGUUAAUUGAAGAAGUACAUGCAGUAGUCACAGUGAGAGAUGCCAAGCACACAAAUUUUGUGGAGUUUCGAAACUUCAAAAUUGUGUACCGACGCUAUGCUGGCUUGUAUUUUUGCAUCUGUGUAGACAUAGCUGACAACAAUCUUGCAUACCUCGAAGCCAUACACAAUUUUGUUGAGGUGCUUAAUGAGUACUUCCACAAUGUUUGUGAACUUGACUUGGUAUUCAACUUUUAUAAGGCUUACAGUGUAGUAGACGAGAUGUUUCUUGCUGGAGAGAUCCGUGAAACAAGUCAAACCAAAGUGCUUAAGCAACUUCUGAUGCUGAACUCUCUUGAAUAACCCCUAGUCAGGAUGCUGGAGGUACACUACACUGUAAUACUGAGCAGCAGUUUGGAAUUGGUAGUUGUUCACUCUGAUUAACACUUGACGUGUCUUUCACUGGCACUAGUACUACACAAGGUCCCCAAUGAACGUAUAGUUAAGGAGUUCCCGCAGAGUUACCUU